UCACGUAAAUACCUAUGGCGUUAGAGGUGCAAUGCGGUGUUUUUAUGGAAGCGCAAGCAAGAAAAUCGUGAUCAAAAUGAACAAUAAAACUUUAACAAAAUGAUUUUAUGUGCAAGUUAGCGUGCUCGAAAUAAAAAAAAUAUUUAUGAUUCUCUGUGAAGUUUACCAGUGAUAAUUUUCGUUGUUUUUAAUAGUAAUGUUGCGUCGAGUUAACUUUUACUCAAUAUGUAUCGCGUUCGGGCUCAGUGUUCUAUUAAUUCUUGCUGGAAGUCGGUAUACAGAUAAUACUUAUUACCGUCCAUCCCCUGAAAGUCACAGAGUUAUUGAAAUUAAUAUACCACAACAAACUCCGACUAAUCCCUAUGAUAGCUCUCUAAAUAUUGCUACAAUCAUGGAAAAAACACGAUAUAAAAUAAAAAUUGAAUUAGAAAACUAUAACUUUACAGUCUCGAGUGUGAAAAAGCUUGAAGACCUAAUAAUGGAAUCCGCUGGACAACCUUUAAGAAGUAUAAUUAUAUCUACUUGGCGGUCAGGAACCACAUUUUUGGGGGAGGUGCUUAAUUCUGUACCUGGAAAUUACUAUCACUAUGAACCACUUCUCAAUUAUGAAAUUAUACAAAUUAGAGGUUCUCCAUACUCAGACAGAGCCUUAGAGACAAUCACUAAAAUGUUAAAAUGUGAUUAUAAUGGUAUGGAUGAGUAUUUUGAGUAUGGUAAAACACAUUUACACCAAUUCAGUCAUAAUACAAGAUUGUGGGACCACUGUAAAUAUAGGAAGGAAUUGUGUUUUGAUGCUGACUUCACCUCAAAGUUUUGUAAACUCUUUCCUUUUCAAAGUAUGAAAAUAGUAAGAGUUAGGUUACACCUUAUACAACAGUUACUGGAGAACAAAGAGCUUAAUAUUAAAGUGGUCUUAUUGAUCCGAGAUCCUCGUGGAGUGAUGCAGUCCAGACAGCACCGUAACUUUUGCCAACCAUCCCCUGAUUGUUGGAAACCAGAGCUGUUAUGUGCUGAUAUGAUCAGUGAUUAUGUUGCAGCUAGCCGGUUAAUAAAGCUUUAUCCUGACAGAAUUAUAGUACAGCGGUAUGAAGAGUUAGCAUUAGAUCCAAACAGUACCGUGCCUAGUCUUCUAAAGUUCCUAGGAAUCAGUCCGACAACAUCUGUUGAAGAGUUUCUUCUCUCACACACUAAUGUUGAAGUGUCUGGUGUCAGUUCCACGUUCAGGGUCUCCCGCGAAGUGCCUUUCAAAUGGAGAAAUGUUUUAAAUUACAACUUUGUUGAGAAUAUACAGUUGGUAUGCAAAGAAGCAUUAGACCUUUGGGGAUACAAGCUGGUGCACAAUGCAACGCAUAUGAUCAGUAAGGACUUUAAUCCCUUGGCAAAUUACACAUUGAUGCAGUGACAUUUUCAUUGAUGUAUUGAUAAACACGAACCAUUCUUUUAAGGUUUGAUUUCUUCACUGAGGACUUCCUUCAUUCCACUUAAGGUAUUACGAAAUUGGCUAUCAAUCAUAUCAGUAUUAUUUCUGUGAGUUAUCAUUUUCAUUUUAAAACAUUUUAACGGAUUUUUACACCCAAAACGUUGGUUUGGAUAAAAAUUGUCAAUUGUAAUGACGAUAUAAAACAAUUUAAAGCGAAUAUUGAAGACCUAAAGCAUUCUUUAAUGAAAAUGUAAUAAAGAGAAAUACGACGCAUUUUUUGUGCUUAAAACUAAAUAUAUACGAAAAUAUGGUUCUUCAUUCCUGAAUUAUCUAAUAUUAGUGCCUUUUCACACGAUAAUAAUACGCACGUGGACUAUAACGUGAAGCGUUAUAAUUUUAUAUAAGUGAAAUUUGAUAGCCGCUGUGAACUCAUUUUUCGCUUUUAUUUAAAUUUUUUAUCAAAUAUAAUUCAUAUAGAGCCGUUAUGAACAGAUAUUUAGUUAAUAACACAUUUUCGAUUUAUUAGCGUUAUUUCUUUUUAUAUCGUAUCGUAAAAUACUCAGUAUGAAAUUGUAUUUUUGUGAAAUGGACUGACUAUUAAUUAAUUUGCCAUAAGGUUAAAGUUGGAACUGGUAUAAAUAGUUAUAUUCUUGUUUUAAUUUUGUUUUUUGGUGGAAAAAAUAAUUUAAAAAAUAGCCAAAUGACAUUUUUUUAGGUUAUAUUACGUUUGCUGUCAUUUUUCAAUAUUCACAGCGGGUACUAAGUUGCCUUAUACGGCUACUGCCAUUGCAAUUAUACACAAUCAUUGCCGAACAUUUAGUCAUAUACAUCACACUUUAGUUAAUUAGCGGACUAAUGUCCAAUUAGGGUAGUUAUUUUAUAGUUUAUUUAAUGGUAACGAACAAAUAAAAGUUCUGGUUGUGUGAAGCACCAUAGGUGUUGAAUAUCAAAACGUAAAAGAUGGACCAUGUAGGGGUAAAAUUGCUUGAUAGUGUAGACGGUUAGGUUAGCAAUUUUCACCUCUCAAAGCUAAAGUACACUGGCGAUAAUGUCAAUUGUCAAAAGUGACAUCUGACAGUGAACAUAUUAUUAAUGUGUUAAAAUUGAUGAGAAACAUUUUAAAUUUGAAUACUCGUGGAUAAUUGGAAUUAUUUUAAUUGGUUUUUUUUCUAGCAAUUAUAACGUUUAUUGAGAUUAAAGAUAAUUGAUGUAAUUACAGCAUACGUUAUGAAUUAAGACAGCAAUAUUUGUGCCUCGUAUAAAUGUCGCCAGAGUACUUUGGUUAAUGUUUAAGGCUUAGUCUACAAAUAAUUUUAGCACUCACGGAAUUGAAUAUUAAUGCUUCCAAUGUAGGUGUUUUAUUGUAGUUUAGAUAUAUUAGAUCGACAUACAUAAAUUUUGACUGAAUACCAAAUACUCGAGGGCAACUGUACUAUAAGAAGAAAAGAAAAUAACUGUCACAAGUCAUGCAUAUCAUAUAUUAUUUAAAUGACUAUGCGGAUUUAUUGUUUAAUCUAUGGACCGGGGCUUUUGUAUUGCGCUUCAAUACAUUGAACUAUCAAAUUUGAGGAUAGUAUAUUACAAAGUUUAUAUGGCUUUACAGUAAGAUUCAUCCUCGUGUUAGCGCUGAGUAUGACACUCGUAUGUCAGAAACGUGUUGCAUUUUGACAGAUGGAAGUGAUAGUUCGCGAUAACUCUCGAUUAUUAAUUACGUACAUCGACUGUAUCAAAAGUAGAAACAUUUUUAUUUUUUGAAUGAAAGAUUAUGUAUCGCGGUAAAUCUCUUUCACUAUCAAUCUUCAACAGAUUUGUUAUCAUGGCGGCUAUAAGAAAGAUUAUUUCAUAUCUUUUACUUCGAGUGAAUUAUAGUAGAGAGGUAUGUCAGGGUACCCCUACGGGAAAAUGGCGUGAAUGUAUAUAUAUAUAUAUAUGAAAAAGAAAUUCCAGACCUUAACAACAGUCAAAAUCUAUCAUAUUUGGUCGUAAAAACCGAUAGUCGUAACAGCCGAUGACGUUGUUAUUAAGUAACUUAUACAAUAGAAUUCAGCCGGGACCUUCGAUUUUGGUCAAUGUAACCGGUAUGUUGUUCUAAACGAUUAUUGUAUAGUUUUGAAGCGCAAAACAAAAUCAUUGGUCAUCGCUAGUCACAGAUUAAAAAGCGAGUGUUAUACAAAAGAAUUUUUACAAGCAAUUAAUGAUGCCUUUUUAAAUUUGGAAGGGGACUUAUGUAAAUGUAAUCUCCGUCCAGAAAUUGCGUAAAACUGUUCCUGCUGAACUAAAAAUAAAUCAAUUUGCAGUAGGUGCUAUUGGGUAGCAUUCUGUUGAAGCUUUUGCUGAAAAUAGGAAUUUGAAAGGAAUUGACAGGUUACGUUUUGUUGACGGGGACGUGUGUCACCGAAAGCAAGAAAUUGUGUACCGUUAAUUGUUUUGUUAGAGGAUAGGGAAUUACAAAUAUUUCUCUAUAAAUGCAAAAAAAAAUACUAUUAUAUCUGAACCGAUUGGAGAAAAAUGUGACAGAAUUUUAUACGAACAUAAAUUCAAUAUAUUAAAAAAAAUGUUAAUUUCUGCAGUGUCACCAAUAUAUGGCCACCGCUUAUCUAUAGUACUUGACAGAAACUUUAUUACAUAUAAAGUUUUAUAAAAAAUCAGUUUUUAGCUAAAAUACUCUUUUGUCUCUUUCUGUCAUACGGUUCACGUGAUAAAAAGAGAGUAAUACAUUCAGAAAACACUUUUUAAACGAAUGGAAGCUAUGUAUUAUUAAAAACUUAUAAUUAUUUACAUACUUUUAAUUUUAAAAAGUGUUUUCCUAAUGUGUAAAAGCUAUGUUAACAAAAGACAAUAAUAAGGGUAAUACAUUGUUAAUUUAUCUCUAAAAAUUGUUUAUACGUGAAACGAAUAACACUUGCUUUCGGUGAAUUCGUUCGUUUUUAUAAAAAGCAUCUCUCAAAUUAUAAGUGCUCAGAUAUCAUAUCGAUAAAUUAAUAUCGCCUAUAAGCGUAUACGUAUCCAGUGAUAGAUAUUGUCGAUUAAGAUGAUACCCUUAAAACUAAACAUGCAUAAUAACUAUAUCUGUAGGUUAAUACGAAACUAAUCAAAAUAAACGUAAACCUCGUCCUACGUAUAUUUAAAAAAAAUAGAUAAUGCUCAAACAAUAGACAAACGACUCGGCACUGCAUUUUUUUUUCAGAAUGACAAUGACAUUUUGACAUUUCAAUAUUUUAGACAGUGUCAUACUGAUUUAGUUUUUUUGGCAUAUUUUAGACACCACAAUACAUCAGAAUUCUUUUAGUCCUCAUUCAAUCUGGGUAUCAUCACAAUCUGGCUGCAGUAGUUUAAACAUCAUUUUGGUAGGAUAUAUUGUAAAUUUAGACGUUAUUUGUAGAGUGAAAAAAAUCGCAAAAACUUAGACUUAUGUCAUAACUGUCCAUCGAACAAAAUAUUAAUUGGUAGAAAUGUAAGAUAAUAAACACCAAACUUGUGAAUAACCGCUUAUUAAGCAACUACAUUCAAAAUGGCAGAUUGGUGGUUUUGACAGCUAAAGAAAGAUGGCAGAUUACUGUUUAAAACACGUGCGUACACUGAACAAAAUUUAGGUUAUAUGAAAAAUAUCUAAACAAAAGCUGUGUCUGUCUGAUUUGGGGAUGCCAUCUUUCUUCAUAUCUAGUUCCUACGUAAUAACACCAAAAUAUUUAAUAAAUUGUAAUUUUAAAUUGGCAACACAAUGGUGUGUCUUCGCUUAGAUUUACGAAAUUAUUUUAUUAAUCUAACUCACAAUUAUUAUGGUCAAUUUGUCUGAAAACGGUCAUAUUGCACUAGUAAUAAAGCUUGUAAAGUUGCAAAAUAUAUUCUAAAAUACGAUUUUAAUAAAUUUAAGACCGUGGUAUUCAAAUGUUAGUUCUAAUGAUACUUAAAGUACACGUUACUGUAGAUGUUACUUUUAAUAAUUUACUAUUAUAAGUCACUUUAUUACUCUCUAACAUUGUUUAAUAAUAUACUCUUGUGAGAUACGCCUAGCGUGAGUUGAUAUCGAAUAAAACGUUAACGAAUAACGAGGUGUACGAUAUUUAAAGUUUACCACACUCAAUGAUCGGAUUUCAUUCUUUAUCAACUCUCUCUAAAUCAAUUUGCCCCUGGCAUUUAAGUGUUGUACAAUUAUCUUUUAAUUAGGAGAAAUCUUUCAGAUUGGUUCGUUCGUUCGUUUUAAUUUUUUGCAUGAUACAUUGUAUCACCAUAUUCUGUACAUUAUGCAAUAAUAAUAUUACACUACUUUUGAACUCAAUUAAGUCAAUACGCAUCAAUUACUAUGUUUUAAGAUGACAAGCUUCCUGAUAGAUUUGACAAUAUUAUCAUACAUGCAUAUGUACAUAAAUAUUUAAUAUAUUGCAUGACUAGGGUACUUGUUGGCUCUGUAUCAUAAAAAUUACAAAUGCCAAAUGGCAUGUCACGUGCCACAGCCUGGCAUAUUAGGGUUCCCAACUUUUUACGAGUAAAGAGUUAAUGUGUUUAAAUUGUUUGUGUUUGACGUAGAUUUUUUAAAAGAACUCUGCUUUUUGGGAGUCCUAGGCACAGUACAUAUAGCAUGUCAAAUGUCAGAUGACUAGACAAAUGUCAAGAGGCAUGUUUAAUGUCGUCGUAACACGCACAAUUACACUAAAUAGGGAAUUGUUGAUUAGAAGGAAUUGCGUAGUGAUAGAAAAACGGUUGAUAUAGACUAGCUUUAAGAUAUGAGACGAAUGACUUACUUUAUGUUGGUUUCAUGAAGUUUUUUUUCUACCGAAAAGUAUAGUGCUAUAUGUUUUUACAAACUUUGGCUUGUGGGUCAAAAGCACUAUAGAUUUUCUUUGUCUAUCUUAUUGAAUUCAGGAAAAUUUUAUUUACAAAUGUAUUAUUAUUUUUUAUAUCUUGACUGAUUUAUUGAAAAAUAACAAUGUCUUUGUUAUUUUUAUGAACGGAGCCUGAAACUGGCUGGAACCAGUGAAAUUUUUUUACUAUCAUAUCAUUAGAAAUUGUAGUCUUAUACUCAUAUGUUAUUUUUAUAAUUUAAUCGCCAAAAUGUAUUAUAUUUUAUCUAUUUAUUUUGAAUUAUAAGUGAAUUUUUUAUAUUUUUGUUGUUCGCAUUUUAUAAAUUACAGUUAUAAGCUUUAGCUAUUAGUGUUUAUAGCUUGGCAAAAAGUCGGGUAGAAUGAAAAAUAUUGUUCACUUGUUAAAAUGUUUUGUCAAUUAAUAUUUAUUUUAUAUUCCCGGAAUCCAUAGCCAAAAUACAAUAUAUUUUUAUAUUCUUGAAUCUACGACUCGUUCAAAAUAUGUUUGGUAAAUUGGAUAUAGAAACUGGGCGUUCAUUCAGCCUUGUUAUAAUUGUCAUCUCUAGUGUGUGUGGAACUCGAAUGAAACGUAUUGCAUUUUUAUUAUCAACAAACAUAUUAACAUACAAAUUAUGUUAAUAUAAAUAGCGAAUAAUGGAAUCAUUAACCGUAUUUAACUUCCUAAAUGUUUAAAGAGCUUCAAAACUAUCGUUUCGGAUAUACGUUACAUUCGAUUUGAACACGGACUAGGCAUGAUAGGAAAGGAUUUUUUACGACUUUUGCCAAGCUUAGCGAAAUGAAAGCAAUAAUUACGAAACGAUAAUAUAGGUUUUAAGGGUAGCCUUAUUAGAAGUAAGAAAAUGUUAAAUUAUUCUUUAGCACGGCCGGCGUUAACGCAUUGUAAUAUGUUUUUAAUUGAAUAAAGUCAUAGGAUCAGA